AGACUGGCAGAUGCUCCCGGGGCCAGCCAGCAGCCUGACCGGUGAGUCCCCCUACUCUUCCAUCUGUCCCCGCGGCUGGGACCAGCUCCUCCGGUGCUUCUUGCUGUGCUUGGAGGCCGAGGAGAUCCUGGGCCCUUGUGGUUUCUGCAGAGCAUGGGGACCCCACGCACCCCUGCACGCACAGUGCUGUUCCAGAGUGAGAGGACGGGUCUGACGUACCGCGUCCCUGCACUGCUGCCCGUGCCCCCCGGGCCCGUCCUGCUGGCCUUUGCAGAGCAGCGACUCAGCCCCAACGACUCCCACGCCCACCGCCUGGUGCAGCGCAGGGGCACCUGGGUCGGGGGCUCUGUGCAGUGGGGCCCCCUGCGUGUGUUGGGGACAGCAUCUCUGGAAGGUCAUCGGUCCAUGAAUCCCUGCCCUGUACAUGAUGCCCACACGUCCACCGUCUUCCUCUUCUUCAUCGCUGUGUGGGGACAGACUCCUGAGGCCACACAGAUCGCCACGGGCCGGAAUGCAGCCCGCCUCUGCUGUGUGACCAGUCACGACGGGGGUCACAGCUGGGGCCAAGUGCGUGACCUCACGGAGGAGGCUGUGGGCAGCGCCCAGCAGGACUGGGCCACGUUUGCCGUGGGCCCAGGCCACGGCGUGCAGCUGGGCUCGGGCCGCCUGCUGGUGCCGGCUUAUACCUACCGUGUGGACCGGCGCGAGUGCUUUGGCCGCCUCUGCAGGACAAGCCCACACGCCUUUGCCUUCUACAGCGAUGACCACGGCCACUCCUGGAGCUGCGGGGGCCUCGUGCCCAACCUGCGCUCGGGCGAGUGCCAGCUGGCGGCUGUGGGCGGCCUGCUGUACUGUAAUGCCCGGAGCCCCCUGGGCAGCCGCGUGCAGGCGCUCAGCACAGAUGAGGGCACCUCCUUCCUGCCUGGGGAGCUGGUGCCCAGCCUUGCUGAGACCGCCCGGGGCUGCCAGGGCAGCAUCCUAGGCUUCCCCGCCCCUCCCUCCAGCAGGCCCCUUGCUGAGGGGGACCCGUGGGGCCCCAGGGGCCACCCCCCUCCUCCUCUCUAUCCUGGAGUGCAACGACCCCCCGAGGGGGGCGCUGGUGACAGCCGUGGCAGUGGAGGGCCCGGUGGGAGGGGGGGGUCUGUGGAGCCCCCUAGGGGGCUGGGUGGGGACACGUGGCUGCUGUACUCCCACCCGGUGGGGCGCAGGGCUCGGCUGCACAUGGGUGUGCACCUGAGCCGGGACCCCCUGGACCCGCAGAGUUGGUCGGAGCCCUGGGUGAUCCACGAGGGCCCCAGUGGCUACUCAGACCUGGCCUGCGUGGGGCCCUUGCCGCAGGGAGCCCCAGCCUUUGCCUGCGUGUUCGAGAGUGGAGCCAGGCUCUCCUACGAGGAGGUCUCCUUCUGCCUCUUCUCUCUGCAGCAGCUGCUGCGGCACGUGGGGCCCCUGCCACCCCGCCAAGGGGCCAAGCCUGGGGGCCACUGCCAGCCCUCCUGACGGCCCAGGGUGUGCCCUGGGCAGAGCUGGGUGCUUCUCUGCACGGGGCCUGGGCUCCUGGGUCUCCUCAGGGCCCUGUGAGGGCGGGUGGGGGCCGUCUCCGCUGACGCCCCCCUGCUGCUCUUUCCUCGGUGGAGCCCCAGGCAGUGUUGGGCCCUUCUGUGACUCCUCUCUCCAGGGCUGUCCGGUGAGCAGAAGGGGACAGGAGCCGCCUGACCUCUGUGACUACUGCCUGCCCAGUCCUCAGCUAAGCACCUCUUUGCCUCCUCUAUAGUCUUGAUUUUUGGUGAUAAGUGUGAAAUACACUCAGCGUGGAUAGGUUGUGAAAUGUAGGAAAGUACAAGCAGCACAUGUGGGGGUUUGAUCCCUGCUCCGGCGUGGGCCUGAGCACCACUGGGUCAGCAGUGGCCCCAGUCCCUCUGGGAGUGGUCCCUACAGAGAGUGAACCCUAAAAUGCAUCUCAGUCAGCAGAGAUUGUCCAGCAGGGGAGGCACUUGCCUUGCAUGUGGUCAGCCACAGUUUGAUCCCCAACAACACUGGAUAUGACUCCCCUGAAAUAAACUGCCAACACACACAGUCCAGUGCCUCUCCCUGGUGGCCCCUCCCAGUGUCCCCAUGCUGGUCAGCUCCAGGCAAAAGUCCAAGUGGGGGACCCUUGGGGCUCCUUCUUGUUCCCAGUUGUGAUUCAAGCACAAGGCACACCUCUGCGGUGCCUGGGUGAGUCAGAGUCUGACCACAUGCGGGGACAGUGUCCAUCUCAAUGUCUACCCAGUCACACAGGCCGUGUUCUUCAGGGGACUCAGGAUGGUCUCAGCCAGGGAGCAGGGCACACCCCUGGUACUCACCUCUUUCUCAGCCCCCCAGAUGAGGUCACCUUGUGGGGGCAUCUCUACUGGGCUCCAGCCAGGACUGGCGCUAAAAGGGGCUUUGAGCACCAACAGCUCUGCCCCAGAGACUCAGCAACGAGUCCUGGAAGACACCACAGCGCUGGAGAUCUCUCCAGGCCCCAUACUGAGCCAAUAUCACCGGGGCACCCCAGAAGGAGCAGGUGCAGUCUUCCCGCCUACUCCAGAUGGAAUUCCAGUGACCAAGAGCUUCCACAAGCAAGGCCCUCGGUAUACAGGUUCUAGGAACUAAAUCUCCAGGCCACAUGGGGGCAGCUGACCUGGGCUGUCCCUUCCAGUCCCUGCCCACCCAGAGAUUGACUGUCACGCCCACAAUUUGCUUCCGGGAGCCAUCAUAGCGCUCCAACAGCCCUGGCCUAGAGACUCCCAAUGGAAUCCCAAAAAGGAUUAGUGCCAUCCAGAGAUGUCUCUGGAACCCAACCAUUUACAAUCUAGAAAUGAACAUUACAUUUACAAUUAUGGCUGUGCAAGUUCUCAUGAUAUUCAAAAUGAGCAAUGGAAAAUAAAUUAUCUAGCGUCUGCCCCUGGCAGUUCGGCUAGAUUGGUGGUGGGAAAAUUUGAGCAAGACAUGAUGCCCAAAAUGAGAGAGAGAGUAUUGGGGAAAUUGUCUGCCACAGAGGCAGGGUGAGGACUGGGAUGGGGGUGGGGGAAUGCUGGGGACGUCAGUGGUGGAAAAUGUGCACUGGUGGAGGGAUGGGUGUUCCAUCAUUGUAUGGCU